AUGAAUUUGUAUCAAGAGUUAAUGUGCGAUUGGGAGAGUAGCGCUAUGUUCGUAGGGGGCUACCGACCAGGGGAGGUCAGGAUAGGUGACUUGGAUCAGAGAAUUUCUCCAGAACUUGGAGCUGACAAUGAGGGUAACUCUUUAUCAGAGGUUGGCACGGGAUAUUCAUUACAACACAGUUCCCCGUCUUUCUCCGGUGCCAAUUCUGCAACCGACUGCACGGUAACUCAGCUCCCGGUCUACUCAGGCUCGAGCAGCUCUCCCCUGACACAGAGUCAGGGCUUUUCAACCACGCCACCGGCCUGCCUCCACUACUCUCGUCUCCCCUCCUACCUCCGGGCGCAGGAGCACGACUUCCCGGGACUUGGAUACUCCUCUUCCACACACAACACCAGGACUGAGGCGCUGGCGCACGCAGAAUUCGGGUCUAUAAACGCGCACAUUAAAAUCUACACUCAUGAUGGGCCUAAUAUUCACUUUGCUCUUGUGGACAGUAGCUCUCACUCGGACCCCAAGUGUAAGGUAUCUGAACUAAGUCACAAGAGCAAAACUUUUGAUUGGAUGAACGUGAAGAAGAGAAGUCAACCUCGGACGGGUAAGUUUUGGAGUUCCCGUUUCCAUUUGGAAAGACAAUAAGUAUCUUAUUGACAAACUACUUUUUAAAACGUUGUAUUUAUUGUUGAUACUUAAACCAAUAGCACUUAUAACUUAUAGAAAACUGUCAUUGAUUAAUCAACAAAGCCUACUAUUGAAAGUAUACAGUCUAAUGUGCCAUAUUCUUAAUUCAGUAUGUAGGACAGUGCUGUGCUGUGAGAACGUAUAGACUAGGCUACUGUAGGCUACUGUGCUACGGGCAACAAAGUGAGAUGUGUUUGUGCGUAGAUGAAGUUUCGCAAAGUCGCUCAAUAUCAUGAACAACAUUUUUAAAAAGAAGACAAUGAUACAUUUUGAUCCAUGUAGCCUAUAUUGCACCAAGCGAUGGAUCAAAAUGUACAAAUACAUGUAUAAUUGUGAAUUAACCUUUAACAAAACUUCCAGCAAAAAUAUUAAUAUGAUAACUGUAACACUUACAAUUCCUGAAUCAACCUACCACAAUAACCAUAUUGAAACUGAAAUUAUGUAUUCAUCAAUUCUACUCGGAUUGGGAUAAUCGGGAGGGACUGGGAUGCGGGCUGGGGAGGCUGGGCUGUGGUCCUCUGUAGCUCAGCUGGUAGAGCACGGCGCUUGUAACGCCAAGGUAGUGGGUUCGAUCCCCGGGACCACCCAUACACAAAAAAAUGUAUGCACGCAUGACUGUAAGUCGCUUUGGAUAAAAGCGUCUGCUAAAUGGCAUAUUAUUAUUAUUAUUAUUAUUAUUAUUAUACAGGACAGGUCACCUUACCUUUCUCUACCUAUCGGGCACAGAAAAGGAUGGAGAUAUUUCCCACACUAGAACAGAAUAGAAGGGAGUAAUAGAAUAUAAUGAAAUAUAAUAGCUAUCCAUGUGCUUCGCUUUCACAUCACUGUGCUCUGACAAUGCAAUAUUGCCUGAGUGCCUGAGUGUGCAGUGUGCAAUGCAGCUAAUGUUAAGUUUUCAGCCAAAUUCACUCCCUGUAAUGGUAGUAACAUUAGAGCUCUCUGCUUAUUGAUUAUCUGUCUGUAUAGUAAUGAGAGCCUUGUGUAUUGAUCUCAGUGCCCAGCACCUUUACAUGUGUCCGUUUUAACAUAAUCAUUGUCACAUAUCAUCAGUCCACCAACAUCUCAUGGGUCUUUACUGUGACAUUCAGCAUAAACGUUCUGAUUUCACAUAAAUUAAAUAAUACAACUCACAUAGAAUAUGUGGUAUAUCUAAAAGAAAUACCAUGAGUAUCUUGACUUUGCCCAUUAAAAGUAAUUUCUCAUCCUGACCAAGAGAUGUCUUCUCACAAGACCUCACAACACAAGAUCUAAAUCUGAGUAUCCAGAGUGAGGUGAAAAGGGGAAACUGUGAGCUCACAGCCUUCUGAACAAUUGCAUCUCCAACACAUCUGAAUAAAGAUAUGCUUUAUUGGGGUGAUAUGAACCCAAUAGAGACAUCCUUCUGUCUGGUUCUAUUAUGAUCAAUCGGGGGCCGGUUCAAAAAGGUUCAGAAUAGGGGGCUGACUGGGAACUUUAGCCUUUUUGAUCACAAUGAAUACAAAUGAUGUGGACAGGGAGAACCUGAUAAGGGCUCUAGAGUUUGAAGAUGACAUGGAUGCCUUCUUUGUUGUCUGUCUCAGAGACAUAAGAAUACAAUAGAACAAUUCAUGCUGUCGACGUUACAGUUUACCAGGCUGACAAAUUAAUAGUCACCUCUAUGUUCCCCUUUUUUUUGAUUGUUUAUGUUGCUUGCCAGGACUAGAUCAAGUCCUCAAACCCCUUUUCAAGACAUAAAAAAAGUUUCCCUUGUUUUAAGUAACUUAAAAGUUUUUCCAAAAGGUUAGUAACAGGCAGUUUGUAAAUGUUUGGCAGAAGCAAUUUUUUGGGGGGGGGUUUUUUUUGGCUAACAACUCCCUUUUUCCUUCAUAAACCUCCCUUUCUCUUUUUCGAAGGAAAAGUUUUAAUUCCCAGUGGCAAAAAAAAUUUUUUUUUUUUUUUUUUUUUUUUUUUUGGGGGGGGGGGGGAAAAAAAAAAAAGGGGGGGGGGGGGGGGUUUUUUUUUUUGGUUUGUUUGUUUGUUUGUUGGGUUAUUUUGUUUUUCUUUUUUAGUUUUUUUUGGUUUUUUUUUUUUUUUUCCUCUUUUUUUUUUUUUUUUUUCCCUUUUUUUUUUUUUUGGGGGGGGGGUUUUUUUUUUUUUUGUUUGCCAAGAUAAAAGAUGUGGCCCCGGGGCCUGUUAAGGGCAAUUUAAGAUGAAAAUGAAAAAUUUUUUGGCUGCCCAAGGAUAAGAAUACCACUGAACAAUUCAUUGUCACCGCUUUUCUUUACCAGUGAUUAUUGUUCCAUAGUUUAAAUUUUGACGUUUAUUGCUUCCAAACAGUCAAGUUCUAGAGCGUUUUAAGAUAUCCAGUUGUUUAGAUUUUAGUAACGUUAAAGGGAAAUGAUUUAAUGGGGGAACUUUGUGCUGGGAAAGUUAUGAUAGCCGGGCCCACUUUCUGGGUAAUCUUGCUGACCAUCCUUGUCCUUUAUACCUUUCCUCUUCAAUUUGACGAGGGAACUUUUAAUUACCCAGGGUGGGAAGGGGAAAGUGACGACCUUUUUUCUUCUUUCCCCCUCCAGGGAAAUUUUUUUAAAAAAUUUUAAGGGGUUUGGGGGGGCGGGGGGGAAGGGGAAAUUUCAUUCUUUUUUUUUGCCCUCUCUCUGGUUUUUGCUUUGUUUCGUUUUGCUGCUUACUUCUUCGUUUCGUCUUUUCUUUAAAAAGUUUUAACCUCUCUUCUCCCUCCUCUUUCUUUCGCUCUUCUUUCUCUCUCUCGCUCUUACCUCUGUCCCCUUUAAAAAAGCCAAGAAAAGAGUGAGAGAAGAGAUAGGAAGAGAACAGGUUGGCGGGAAGAAAGAGAGAGAGAGGGGCUGCCCCACCUCUAUUUUUUUCCCCUUGGUUCUCCUUUCCCUAUUCCGAUUAAAAAAGGGGGGAAAAGGAGUAAGAGAGCAAAAGAGGGAGAGCGGGAGGGGGUUGAGAGAAGGAGCAAAGGGAAGAGGGAAAAGGUGGGGGAAACGGGGGGCAAUUUUCUCAAUUUUCCCAAAACAGGGGCUGAAAGACUUCAUCUCUCUAUCUCUCUCUCUCUCUCUCUCUCUCUCUCUCUUCUCCUCUCUCUCUCCUCUCUCUCUUUCCUCUUCUCUUUUCUCUCUCUUUUCUUCUCUUCUCUCUUCUCCCCUUCCCCUCUCCUCUCUUUCUUCCCUCUUCCUUCUUUUCUCCCCUCAUCUUCUCUUUUUCCCCUUUUCCCCUGGCCCCCCUUCUCUCUUUCCCUUGGCUAAGGGUUGAUUGGUCUUUCUGGGCGGUUUAUUUCAAAAGGGGCCGUUUCCCCCCAAAUUUUAUUCACGCCUCAUGGCCAGCGCCACUUCUAUUAUCUUAGACGUCAUUAAUCAGAAUGUGAUUAUCUAUUCAUGAGAGCCAAAGCGUUUAUUUACUUACUGUACUGUUGUGUCUGUCUAGGUUUUUUUCAUAUUCACUAUUGACUACUGCACUCUCAUUUCAGGUUAGGUAGCCUAUAUGUAGCCUGUCCCUGACAUUCUUAUUUUUUCUAAAACAUGGAUGUCAACAUUUAUCAUAUGAGCUUUCUAUUCUCUCUGAUAGAGUCCCUGUUAGAUAGCUUAUACCUGUACUGUGAUAUAAGUUAUUACAUCCAACACCUGUCCUCAUGGUACAGAUACACCAGUAGCAGCAACUUUGCAGCUGAAUGUUGGGCACAAAAGACCUGUGGCGCUAGAACGAAGUUUUCCCCCCGCACUAUCAUCUACACCACUAACCAUUUCACCUAAUUAACAUAUUGAAUAUAUGUUUUAUAAGUAAUUGUGAUUGAUAGGAUAUUACUUUCAUCCCCCUGAAACGUUCAUUAGUCUCUUUCAAUAUGCUAUAAGAUGACUUUAUGUUGCAGGCUGGUCUCUUAGGUCAGUUUCAAAAAUAAUAUAAUGCUCCCUAUCUUUAAACAAUCCAAUGCCCUGUAUAAACCGCUAGUCAUAUAUGUUGUACUGUCUAUAUUUUAUGGAUGGGUUACUUCAUUGAAUUCAGCCGAUAUAUUUAUACUAUACCUGUGUUUUAACUGUCUUUUCAGCCAAGAUGCACAUGGCCUGUGGAUUAAGUAUAGUUGCUCCGGGCGUCAGUAUGGACAGAGGAGGAGGCGGUAAAUACAGCAUUCCCACCGAUGGGCAUCAUAUUGCCCCUAACGGGGUACUAAGGACCAACUUCACCACCAAACAGCUCACAGAGCUCGAGAAGGAGUUCCACUUCAACAAGUACCUGACGCGCGCCAGACGCGUGGAGAUCGCGAGCGCCCUGCAGCUGAGCGAGACGCAGGUGAAGAUUUGGUUCCAGAACCGGCGCAUGAAACAGAAGAAAUUAAUGCGCGAAGGCCUUCUUCCCGUGGCCUGUCCCGCAUACUCAAGCUGCUCAGAAAGCUCACGCUCCAACAGCCUGGACACUUAUUCCUCUCCUGGACAACUUGAACCGACCUAA